GAGCGCAGGAAAACUCGGCCAUGCCCUUACUGCCCCGAAAAGAAAUAUACUGGAGAGUACGCACAUCGUAACUGGAUGCGCCACAUGGAGAACAAGCAUAAUCCCAGCACGUCAGCCGACGGUCUGCCAAUGCUUCCAUGUCGUUGCCCAGGGUGUGGUAGGUCGUUCCAACGAACAGAUGCCAGACUCGUACAUGAGAGAAGAAGCCACCCUGAACUCAACACACCACCAGCUAUGAAGAGAACCAAGUCUAACAGCCCUUAA